AUGAAUUUGAAAACUCCUUGUGAUUUAUUAAACCUUCCACGUGAAUGUCAUUGUCAACGAACUCGUAAUAUACCAAUAUUUUCAUUUAAUGAAACACGUUUACGAUGUCGUCAAUUAACUGAAAUAACAACCAAUUAUCCUUGGUCAAGUGUAUCAUAUGAUCAUUUAACAUUUGAAACAUUUAAUGAUAAUUUAACAGUACAUCGUUUUGUUUUUUCUAAUAUUAUUGUUCGAACAUUACGUUUUAAUGCACAAUAUCUUCUUUUAAAUGAUCAUACAUUUGAUAAUGCUUAUAUUGGUCAAUUAGGUAUAACACAUCAAGAUACAUAUGGUCGAAUAUAUUUUGAAUCCAAUAGUCAAAUAUUUUAUGAUACAGCAAUAACUAAUUUAUAUUUUAAAUUUAUAGAUUUUGAAAUACCAAUAUCUGAAAUAAGUUUUUCAAAAUCAAAAAUAUAUUCAUUUUUAAUACAAUCAUCAAAAUUUUAUGGUUUUACAAAUCAAAUUGAUCAAACUAUAUCAAAAACUUUAACACAAAUAAAAUAUGAUCAAUUUCUUGAAUAUAAUAUUUUAUUACCAAUAAAUAAAAAAAGAAAUUUACAUAAAUUCUAUAAAUCAAAUGAUGAAAAUUCAUUAAUUGAUUCGGAAAAAACUAUUACAAUGAAUAUAACAUUAAUAACUAAUCCAAUAUAUAUAACAAUAUUUACCAUUAUAUCAAGUAUUAAUACAACAAAUUUAACUGAAAAUUAUUUUCCUAAUAAUUUAGAUUAUAAUCAAACAGAUGAAAUUGAAUUAAGUUUUAAUCAAAUAAAUACUCUUAAUGCACAUACAUUUCGUCAUUUAAAAAAUUUUAAAGGACGAUUAAUAUUAAAUAAUAAUCAAAUUAAAUAUUUAAAUCCAUAUUCAUUAACAAAUUUAUAUUUAUUAAAAAAUUUAUCAUUAUCAAAUAAUUUAAUUAAACAUUUAUCAUCAAUACAUUUUAAAGAAUUAAAUCAAUUAUAUGAACUUGAUUUAAGUUAUAAUCAAAUUUAUGAAUUAAAUAAUUAUACAUUUAAAUAUCUAACAAAUUUACAUAUACUUUAUUUAAAUAAUAAUCCAUUAGAAUUUAUUCAUUUAGAUGCAUUUUCAAAUUUAACAAAAUUAAAACAAAUUCAUUUUCAUGGUGUUGAAUUUAUUCAUUUAGUUGAUUUAUGGUUAUGGAAUUUAGCUAGUCUACAUGUUAUUCAUUUACUUAAAACUGAUUUUGAUUUGAGUGAUGUUGCUUUUUGUAUAUUAUCUCAUUAUAAUCAAACAUUAUUUCAUUUAUCACAUCAACAUUUUUGUUCAUGUAAUAUUCAUUAUUUUAAUUUUAAUCAAUAUUUUAUUGAAAAUACUUCUAUUUCAAUAUUAAAAUAUAAAAAAAAUUAUUUACGUUUAACUCCUAUAUGUAAUGAAAAUGAAACAGAAACAAUUUUUAAACAACAAACAAAUGAAAAUGAUUUAAUAUUUCAAGAUAUAGAAGAUAAAUGUAAUUAUAAAUUAAUGUUUCUCGAUUGUGAUGCUAUGACAACAACGCCAACACCAACAACAACAACAACAACAGCAAUAACAAUAACAUCAACAAUAGAACUAACAAGUUUAUUAGAUAUGAAAACAGAAACUACAUAUAUUUCAGAUACUAUUAUUAGUCAAACAACUGAAAUUCUUAUACCAUCAGCAAAAAAUUGGGUAACUCCAGUUACAACACGAGAAACACCUUUAAAUAAUAUAAAAAAAUUAUUUACUGUACUUGGUACAUUAAUAGCAAUAACAAUUAGUGCCAUUGUUUUAGUCUUUUUUUGGUAUCGUUUUAAAGCUAUUUUAAAACAAAAGAAAAAAAAGAAAAGUUUUAUUGAACAACAACAACGACAUUUUAAUUCACCCGUUCUCAAUCAUCAUCAUUCAAUAGCAACACAUUAUGCUUCAUCGGAUACAUUAGGUAGUAUACACAGUGCACCUGUAUCUGGUAGUAAAAGUCGUUCAGAAACAUUAAUUGAACCACCAACAUUACAUUCGUUAUCUAUAUAUAAAAAUACUGAAGCCAUUGAUAAUGAACAUAUUAAAACUUUUAUUGACGAUGAAAGUACACAACAAUAUUCAUCAGAUAAUUCAUUAGCAGAAAUACAAGCGAUUAGUCAAUGUUAA